UCCGAGGCGAGUGUUUCGCUCAACCACAAAUAUAGUAAUUCGCGGGAAAAGGCGGCCGCGGUUAACUAUCACAAAAUGUGGCUUCGAUUUCGGAAUAACCAGUGAAACUGAAUGAGUGGCUAAAAAUUGUAUAGAACGCGAUUAUCCGUGCGAUUGUGAAAUCAAACAGCUGUCAAAUCUUAUUUAUAAUCCCCCUUUACAAGCAAUAUAAGUGCGCAAUUUGGUGAAUAUGUCUCCAAAAAGUAUUUUGGAUGUGAUCGUAUUAUUAUGCCUGCUCCUCGGAAACCUAAAGGAUAUAUCUUCCGAGUUUUCGAUCCAGGACGGGUUGAUAAUAGAACCAGACUCAGCCACAACAUCAAGUAAAGAGGCCGAAGAGUUCAGCAAGGAGAGAACUGACCUCAAGUCUCUCAUGUUGAAAUACGAAUCGGAUGACGGAAACAGUUGUCUCUUGGACAUGAUCAAGGACGAGGUGAUAUGGUGGCUUUUUCCCAACGGAACCCUCAAGGAGAACAACAACAAACAAUACGGGCACAAAAUGCAUUUGGAUCUAUCCCACGGCAACAUAAAUGAGGACUCUGACUUGUUGCGUGAGGCGAAACUAGGGAGGAAGUUCAUCAUUUGGAGGACAGAAGUCUUUUCGGCCGCCUUUAAUACGUUGACUGCAGCUCCGUUCAGGACCCUCUACUCCAUGAAGGAUUCCCUAAAGCUUUUAUCGCUGCGAGGGAACAAUUUCGCUGAACUGAUUCCAGAUGCCGAAGCCUUUGCUCGAUUUGUAAACGAGUCCCGCUUGGAGGCUAGUAACAAUGUACCACACCAUUGCGAACUACUACUACAACACAAUACCACCGAUCUAUAUGAUCGGGAGUGCUAUCUUUACUUUAACAACAACACGAACACGGCACACUCAAUCUCUACCAGUACAAACUAUACGAACUAUAUUAAGGUCUUGAAAGAUCGGUUCGAUCAGCACGAAAGUUCAUCUCAAUCUAUAGCCUGGGCCACUUUCCCUAAGAUGCCCCGACUUGUGGAGCUGGACAUCAGCAACUGCAGCAUCGAGUACGUGAGCAAGGAGGCGUUCCAGAACGUCAGCAAUCUGCGCCGGAUCUUCAUGUCGGACAACAAGAUUAUGACGUUAAGCCACGACACUUUCUACUACGUCCAGGGAGUGCAGUAUCUGGACCUGUCAUUCACCAACUUCCUGACCUACAGCUACCAACUGCAGUUGCCCACUCUGGAAAUGGCCUUAAGCCUGAUAUACGGCCUAAAGAUCCAGCAGAAUGUGUUCAAAUAUUUGCCGGAACUGAUUUAUCUAGACCUCUCCCACUCGAAGAUGACCAGGAAUAGUGCGGUGGCUUUUGCUCAUCUGGGGGAUAAGUUGAAGUUCCUCAGUCUGUGCUACACCGCCAUUCCCAUGGUGAGCAGUACCAUCUUCAAGAAUACGGUUCUGGAGGGUCUCGACUUGUCCGGGAAUCCCUACCUAUCCUACAACAUCAUCGACGAUGCCUUCAAUGGCAUUGCUAGCACACUAAAGUAUUUGUACUUCGAGCGAUCAAAUAUUAAGGAUUUGGAGUGGUCCAAGUCGUUGAAGAAGCUACAGGUGUUGGGUCUCGCGGGCAACAACAUAAACGCUCUCACUCCGGCCAUGUUUCAGUCUCUGGAGUCCUUGGAGAUACUCGACUUGAGCUCAAACCAUGUGGGCAACUGGUACCGCAGUGCCUUCCACAACAACUCCGCCCUGAGGGUUUUGAACCUGAGGAGCAACACAAUCAAUAUGCUGUCCAACGAGAUGCUGAAGGACUUUGAGCGAUUGGAUUACCUUAGCCUGGGGGACAACGACUUCAUUUGUGACUGCCAUUUGAGAGCUGUGGUAGAGGUGGCGGCUAGCAAUAAUAAAGACGCAGAUUGCUCCUAUAAGCUACUAAACUAUAGUCAGAAUGCUGUAGGUGAGGAGGUAAUAUCUCUGGCGGAAUCGCUGAUAAUAGAUCGCAAGCUUUGGCAGAGUCGCUAUAUUCCCUGGCUGCAGAGGAGUUACUCCAACAUUAGGGAUUUCAAUCGAGCGAAUCAUAUAAUCAGGCUGCGCUUCUCCUCCGAGGAUUACACGGUGGCCAAGUGCUCCGUGGCCCAGCCCUAUCACUUAGAGAACCCUGACGGAGAUCUUACCCUGAAAUUUCAGUUGCUAGACUACGAGGCCAGUCAGUACUACUGCUUCAACAACACCGAUCAGCUCCAGGUGGAUGAGCUCAACUGCCAGAUCAGGUCGAUGAGUGACCUCACCGAGGAGUUGCACCGCGUUACAAACACAGUGAUCGCGGUCGUGGGCAGUAUAGUUGGCGCUUGCGUCCUGGGAUUUAUAAUUUAUCUGAAGCGAUGGCACAUCCACUACUAUUACUCUUCCCUCAAGUCCGCUGCCCUGUUGUCCAGCGCCUCAAAGGAGUCGGUGGAUAACUUCACACACAUAUCCCAGAGAGAUCCCAGUGCCGUCUACGAUAUCUUCAUCAGUUACUGCCAAAAUGAUCGUUCCUGGGUGCUCAAUGAACUGCUGCCGAACGUGGAGGAAACAGGGGAUGUGUCCAUUUGUCUGCAUGAAAGAGAUUUUGAGAUCGGAGUAACCAUCCUGGAUAACAUCGUCUCCUGCAUGGACCGCUCUUAUUCCCUAAUGCUGAUCAUAUCCUCCAAGUUCUUGUUAAGUCAUUGGUGUCAAUUUGAAAUGUAUUUGGCGCAGCAUCGCAUCUUCGAGGUCAGCAAGGAGCACUUGAUCCUGGUUUUCCUAGAGGAUAUUCCACGAAGAAAGCGACCCAAGACUUUGCAAUACCUAAUGGAUGUGAAAACGUAUAUAAAGUGGCCGACGGCUAAGGAGGAGCGGAAGCUGUUUUGGAAACGUUUGAGGAGGUCCCUGGACGUCAUAGGGAUCAGUUCCAGAGAGAUAAAUGUUUAAAAAACAAUUUUUUAAUGUUAUCCCGAGAGUUCUAGUCAGUUGUGCAAGUACCUGAUAUAGUAUUUAAAAAACUGCAUUACACUUUGAUGAAAAAGACAGUUUCCCUGCAGUAAAUAAUAUUAGGCAUAGUGUAUACAUGUUAUAAUA